CACAUUAAAUACUUCUCUUCAGCUCGGGUUUCCAACCACUGGGGCAUGGCUGGACCCAGGGAGUUUAUCUAGGGCAAGGCUGGAGGCCCAGGAAUGUCGAUGGAGGAGGGAAAGCCACCUCGAGAAGCACCAUGUCUCUAUUAUAACUGAGCAGCCCUUAUGACCAACAUGAGCUGGAGCUUCCUCACUCGCCUGCUAGAAGAGAUUCACAAUCACUCCACCUUCGUGGGCAAGGUCUGGCUCACCGUGCUCAUCGUCUUCCGCAUCGUCCUGACGGCGGUUGGGGGGGAAUCCAUCUACUCGGAUGAGCAGAGCAAGUUCACCUGUAACACCAAGCAGCCCGGCUGUGACAACGUCUGUUAUGAUGCCUUUGCCCCCCUCUCACACGUCAGGUUCUGGGUCUUCCAGAUCAUCAUGAUCUCCACCCCUUCAGUCAUGUACCUGGGCUACGCCAUCCACAGGAUCGCCCGCUCGGCGGAGGAGGAGAAGAAGUUCAAGGGGUUCAAGAAGAAGAAGAGGAAGAAGCAGCAGCACUUUGCCUUGAACUGGCAGACGGGACCCAACAUGGAAGACCCCCUGGAGGCCGACGAGGAGGACCCCAUGAUCUCUGAUGAGGCAGCAGAAAGUGAGAAAGCCAAAGCCAAGCCCCAAAGCAAAGAGCCCCAGAAGCACGACGGGAGGAGAAGGAUCCAGGAAGAAGGGCUGAUGAAGAUCUAUGUCUUCCAGCUUCUAACCAGGGCUUCCUUUGAGGUUUGCUUUCUGGUAGGGCAGUAUUUGCUUUAUGGUUUUGAGGUGGAAGCCUAUUACGUGUGCAACAGGGUCCCUUGCCCUCACACUGUGGACUGCUUUGUGUCCCGGCCGACUGAAAAAACCAUUUUUCUCCUGGUGAUGUACGUGGUGAGCUUCCUCUGCUUGUUGCUCAACAUGUGUGAGAUGUUCCACCUGGGCUUUGGGACCAUCCGGGAUGCCAUCCGCAACCGGAAGAUGAACAGCUUCAGGCAACCCCCCUACAACUACUCCUACCCCAAAAACAUCUCCUGCCCUCCUGAGUACAACCUGGUGGUGAAAUCAGAGAAAGCCACCAAGAUCCCCAACAGCUUGAUGGCACACGAGCAGAACUUGGCUAACGUUGCUCAGGAGCAGCAGUGCACCAGCCCGGAUGAGAACCUCCCAGCAGACUUGUCAACCCUCCACAAACACCUCCGAGUAGCCCAGGAACAGUUGGACAUUGCCUUCCAGAGCUACAGCAGCACCCAAGCCAACACUCAACCUUCUCGAACCAGCAGCCCUGCCUCAGGGGGCACCGUGGUGGAGCAGAACAGGGCCAACACGGCCCAGGAGAAACAAGGUGCUAAACCCAAGGCCUCCUUGGAGAAAGGGAGCUCAAGCAGUAAAGAUGGAAAGACAUCCGUGUGGAUUUAGGUUGGGCUCAAAGGAGAGGAGGCAAGAGGAGAGGGGGGUUUGUUUUGGUUUGUUUCUGGGGUUUUUUGGGUGUUGGGUUCAGGUCACGGGGCACAGGCACGAUUUUUGGGUGGAAGUCAAGAGGGAAAAGGAGUUUCAGAGCGAUUUAGUGCUGUCUUCCAGUGUGUUUUAAAAAAAAAAAAAAAAAAAAAAAAAGAAGACAUUUCUUUCCCAUUUCUAACACAUUCUCCAGUUGGGAACCUCCAGUGAGCAACAGCAAAACCCCCUGAAUCUCCCACCCUUUUGGUGACCACUGGAGUCCCCCCAAAAAACUGGACAGUGUCCUGUGAUGGGUCCCAGCAGUGAGCAGCUCCCCUCCUGCAUGGCAAGGCUGGAAUGCUGUGGGUCAGGCAGCAUUUAAUUACUAAAAAUCCUUAAUCAAAAUUAAUUUCUGAUCCCUUGAUAAAGGAAACAAGUGACACAUUGCACAAACCUUCACGACACUCUUGCAGCUGAUGUCCUGCCUGAAUCUUCAGCUGCUCCAGAAGACCUCCAGAAGGUGUCAUUGGAUG